AUGGCAGCUGGAGAGUCCCCUCCCGUAGGAGAUGUCUUCAUCGACCUGCAGCAGGGCAGAGGUCGCGCAGAGAAAGCCUCUCCUGGUGCCGAGGACGAUGAGGACUUGGAUAAGACUUUGUCAAUCGAGAGAUUUGGGGACCUGAUAAGCAAGUCAGCAUCAAGCAAUCUGGAGAAGCAAAGACGCAGCUACAAUGAGAGAGAUUUUGAAUUCCACCGCCAAACCUCGCACCACAUCCAUCAUCCCCUUUCCACUCACCUCCCUUCUGCCCUCAAGUUCCAAAAGAGGCCCCCCCGUGCCAGCAGGAGGAAAAAAAGGAGGAAGAAAAAGAAGAAAACCUCAGUACCCCCCUCAGAGGUGACCCCCACCAUCCAGGAAGAGGACGAGGAGGAGGGAGAAGAGGAGGAAGAAGAGGAAGAAGAAGAAGAGGAAGAAGGAGAAUCUGAGGCAGAGGAGGCCCAGGAGAAAGAGAUCUCUCUAGAGUCUGAGGGCGAAGCUCGUGGGAAGGACGCAUCUCCUAAGCUGGAGCCCUCAAGCAAACCAAAGUUCACCAUUGGCAGUGAUGAGGAGGAGUCCAGCAGCGCUCUGGCCCCCGUGCAGUUCCACGUGGAGGAGGAGUGUGGCAUCCUGUACCCCGUGCCACGCUUCGCCGACCUGCUGCAGGACAAGGGCCCUGCCUCCCUCCGCAGCCUCCCUGGGCCUCAGGAACGUCUCUCUCGUGGGUGGGAGAAGCGCAAGCCCUGGGGCCAGGUGGCGGGUGGACAACGAGUUACCUAUGACUUGAAGGAGAGGAUGUGCAUCGGCAGCAUGACCACGCUGGAGAGCGCAGCGUACCAGCGCGUCCCCACGGACGAAGCCGAGGCCCAGAUGCUGGCGUCCGCAGACUUGGACGGCAUGAAAAGCCACCGUUUUGAAGAUAACCCUGGUGUGAGGAGGCAUCUGAUGAAAAAACCAUCUCGGAGUCAGAUCACCAGGACAAGCAAAAAAUUAGCAUCGACUCCAUCUGUCAAGAAAAAGAAGAAGAAGAAGAAGUUGGAUAGAAAGCCCCAUGAGGUGUUUGUGGAGCUGAAUGAGCUGGUGGUGGAUAAGAACCAGGAGAUGCACUGGAGGGAGACAGCCCGCUGGAUCAAGUUUGAGGAGGAUGUGGAGGAAGACACAGCAAGGUGGGGGAAGCCCCACGUGGCUUCACUGUCCUUCCGGAGCCUGUUGGAGCUCAGAAAGACGAUUGCCCAUGGUGCCGUCCUCCUCGACCUGGAGCAGACCACUCUGCCCGGCAUUGCUCACCUCAUGGUGGAGACCAUGAUCAUCUCUGACCAGAUCAGGGCAGAAGACCGAGCCAACGUGCUGCGCGCCCUGCUGCUGAAGCACAGCCACCCCAAUGAUGAGAAAGAGGGCUUCUUCCCGAGGAACCACUCCAGCUCCAGCAUGAACUCCAUCGUGGGGAACCACCACCACAACCACACCACUGACACUUGCGUGCCCCUCAUGGGGGAGGAGCGCAUUGAGAUGGCCGACCCCAAGGCCAAUGAGACCGAGUGCAAGGAGAAAAACCCACAUCUCCAUAACUCUGAGGGCCACCGUAAAUACCUGAAGCUGAUGGAGAAGAUCCCUGAAGAUGCGGAGGCCACAGUGGUCCUUGUGGGUUGUGUGCAGUUCCUGGAGCAGCCAACUAUGGCCUUUGUCCGACUAAAUGAGGCUGUCUUCCUGGAAUCUGUCUUGGAGGUCCCGAUUCCUGUCAGAUUCAUCUUUGUGCUGCUGGGACCAAGCCAAGCCAACAUGGACUACCAUGAAAUUGGCCGCUCAAUCUCCACCCUCAUGUCUGACAAGCACUUCCAUGAGGCUGCAUACAUGGCAGAUGACCGUCAAGACCUCCUCAACGCAAUCAACGAGUUCUUGGACUGCAGCAUUGUCAUCCCCCCAUCAGAGGUGGAGGGGAAAGACUUGCUCAAAUCCAUUGCCACCUUCCAGAAGUUGCUGCUGAGGAAGAGGAAGGAGAGGGAGCAGAAGUCCAUGAAGGAGGGGGCUGUCCAGGAAGCCAAAGAGCUGUGUGAAGUGAAAGCUGAGGAAGAAGAGGAGGAAGCUGAGGACGACCCUUUGAAGCGGACCGGGAUAUUUUUUGGAGGUCUGGUUCGGGACAUAAAGCGCAGGUAACCCAAAUACCUAAGUGACAUCAGAGACGCCUUGCACAGCCAGUGUCUCGCAGCCGUUCUCUUCAUCUACUUUGCUGCUCUCUCUCCUGCCAUCACCUUCGGGGGACUCCUAGGAGAGAAAACUGAGGGUCUCAUGGGGGUCUCCGAGCUGAUAAUCUCCACCUCGGUUUUAGGGAUCCUCUUCUCCCUGCUUGGAGCCCAGCCGCUCCUGGUCAUUGGCUUCUCAGGGCCUCUGCUGGUGUUUGAAGAAGCUUUUUACAAGUUCUGCCAGACACAAGGCAUUGAGUAUCUGACGGGCAGAGUGUGGAUUGGUUUGUGGCUCAUCGUCUUCAUCUUCAUUAUUGUGGCAGCCGAGGGAAGCUUCUUGGUGCGCUACAUCUCGCCCUUCACCCAGGAGAUCUUUGCUUUCCUCAUCUCCCUCAUCUUUAUCUACGAGACCUUCUACAAACUGUACAAGGUGUUUGCAGAACAUCCUCUGCUGAAGUUCUACCCACCGAAUGUGCAGAGCGGCCUGAAUACCAGCAUGCUCUCGGCCGAUGCGAUGUCACUGGGAAUCAGGAUGCAGCCCAACACUGCUCUCCUCUCCCUCAUCCUCAUGCUAGGCACCUUCUUCAUUGCCUUCUUUAUGCGCAAGUUCAAGAACAGCCGUUUCUUGGGAGGAAAGGCUCGGCGGAUCAUCGGAGACUUUGGGAUCCCCAUCUCCAUCCUGGUCAUGGUGCUGGUGGAUUACACCAUCACUGACACAUACACGCAGAAGCUGAAUGUCCCCUCUGGCCUGUCGGUCACAUCUCCUCACAAGCGUGGCUGGUUCAUUCACCCCAUGGGCAGCAGUGGGACCUUUCCAAUGUGGAUGAUGUUUGCCUCUGCCAUCCCUGCCCUCCUGGUCUUCAUUCUUAUCUUCAUGGAGACACAGAUCACUACGCUGAUUGUCAGCAAGAAGGAGAGGAAGCUGCUGAAGGGCUCCGGCUUCCACCUGGACCUGCUGCUCAUUGGCACUAUGGGGGGGCUUUGUGCACUCUUUGGGCUGCCCUGGCUGACCGCGGCGACGGUGCGCUCCGUCACCCACGUCAAUGCCCUGACAGUCAUGAGCAAGGCCAUCGCACCAGGAGAGAAGCCCAAGAUCGAGGAGGUGAAGGAGCAGCGUGUGACCGGAGUGCUUAUCGCUGCCCUUGUCGGUCUGUCCAUUGUGAUGGGGAACAUGCUGCGACAGAUCCCGCUGGCUGUGCUCUUCGGCAUCUUCCUCUACAUGGGGGUUACAUCACUCACUGGCAUCCAGCUCUACGAGCGGCUGCUCCUGAUCUUCAUGCCAUCCAAGCACCACCCUGACCACAUCUAUGUUGUCAAGGUGAAGACCUGGAGAAUGAAUCUCUUCACCUGCAUUCAACUGGCCUGCAUUGUGCUGCUCUGGGUGGUGAAAUCUACAGUGGCAUCCCUGGCCUUCCCCUUCGUCCUGAUUAUGACAGUGCCAUUGCGACGCUUCGUGCUGCCCCGCUUCUUCCAUGACAGGGAGCUCAAAGCGUUGGACUCAGAGGAUGCGGAGCCAAAUUUUGAUGAGGAUGGCCGAGAUGAGUACAACGAGCUGCACAUGCCUGUGUGA